AUGGCUCUGGCCCUGUGUGAGUCUGGCCGUAAACACAGUAUCAACAGAGACACACGGGACCAGUAUUUUAAAGCAUUUACAAAGGACUUUACAACCGGAGAAAAUUUUAAAGGGCCCGACAGAGAGCUGCGGACGGUGAGACAGGCCAUGAUCGACUUCCUGCAGAACCACACGGAAGGGAACAGGCCCCCUGCCUGCCCGGCCUUGGACCCGAUUCGGCCCAGUGACGUUUUUUCUCUCAUUGACAACCGUGACGGCCGUUAUAUGGCUAUUUUAUUUGAGAGCAACAGCUCGUAUGUUGGACGUGAGGUGAUUUUGGACCUGAUUCCGUACGAGAACAUCGCCGUGAAGAGAGCGCUGGCUGUGGAUGGAGCCGCUCUGGGGAAACUUGGCAUUUCUUCCGUCCCUUCGUGUUACUUGAUUUACCCAAAUGGGUCCCACGGGUUGAUUAACACCGCAAAGCCUCUCCGAUCGUUUUUUUCCUCUUAUUUGAAGUCGUUGCCAGAUGUGAGGAAAAAAUCACUUUCGUUGCCUGCGAAGCCAAACGAAGAAGAAAACUCUGAAGUCGUGGUGUGGAGAGAGUUUGACAGGUCUAGGCUGUACACAGCGGACCUGGAGUCGGGGCUGCAUUAUCUGCUGAGGGUGGAGCUGGCUGCUCACAGGUCUCUCGCUGGGGCCGAGCUGCGAGCACUGAAGGAUUUCAUCACCAUCGUAGCCAAGCUGUUCCCCGGGCGGCCGCCAGUCAGGAAGCUGUUGGAGAUGCUGCAGGAGUGGCUGGCCAACCUCCCCCUGGACAGGAUCCCCUACAAUGCCGUCCUCGACCUGGUCAACAACAAAAUGCGGAUUUCUGGAAUCUUCCUUACUAGCCAUAUAAAGUGGGUUGGAUGUCAAGGAAGCCGACCGGAGUUGAGGGGUUACACAUGUUCUCUCUGGAAACUGUUCCACACUUUGACCGUCGAAGCUGGAACCCACCCAAAAGCGCUGGAUGACACAGGCUUUGAAGGCGACCCACAGGCAGUGCUGCAGGUCAUCAGGAGGUACAUCCGCACCUUCUUUGGGUGUAAGGAAUGCGGGGAGCACUUUGAAGAAAUGGCUAAGGAGUCCAUGGACUCCGUGAAAACCCCAGACCAAGCAAUUCUCUGGCUUUGGAAGAAGCAUAACCUGGUUAACAGUCGCCUAGCAGGCCACCUGAGUGAGGACCCCAGGUUUCCAAAGGUCCCAUGGCCCACUCCUGACCUCUGCCCGGCCUGCCACGAGGAGACCAAGGGCCUGGACAGCUGGGACGAAGGCCAGGCGCUCCUGUUCCUCAAGCGGCACUACAGCAGUGACAACUUGGACCACACGUACUCAGCGGCCCUGGGCGGUGCUGGCGACGGGGGAGGCCUGGCCGAGGCCCCGGAACAGGAGGGAGGCCCUGCUCUUCCGGAGAAGCCUGGAGACCAGGGUGCCCGGAGUCUUCAUCCGCCCAGUGUGCCGCCUCCCAGACCGGGCCUGUCAGCGCGGCCGCGCCUCGGGCGGGGCUGGGCCGGGGCCCCUGGCCGCGGGGAGGCGGAGGCGGCCGUGCCCUUGCUGGGGAUGGGCUUCUCCAGCCUGGACAUGAGCCUGUGCGUUGUGCUCUACGUGGCUUCGUCCUUGUUCCUGAUGCUCAUGUUCUUCUUCUUCCGGGUGCGGUCCAGGCGGUGGAAAGCCCGGCACCACCACCCGGCCGUGUAGCGCCUUCGGGAGCGCAGCCCGGGCGCUGCGGUUCGUUCCACGUGCGGG